GACAUUCUAGAAAGAGAUAUCGAAUCCGAGGGGAAAAUGUCUGCUGAUAGCGAAAAUGGUCAAGAUAUUGAGUCUAUUCCAGGAUUUCAGGAUGUAAACACUUUUACGCAGCAAGCGCUGAAAUCUGUGGUACAAGCAACACGUGUAUCCAACAACCUUCCAGCUGCAGGAGACGAUUAUGAUUAUUAUUCGAGUUUCCAGGGUGUGCGGGAUAUCCUGGAUAUUGAAGGAAAGCGGGUCCUCAACAUUAUCCAAAAUGUGUUGCGUUACCACAAUGUGAAGGGUCACAUGACAUCGUCGUCAGAUGCGACUGAUCUUGAGGACAAGUUUGAUGUGCUGAUGGAUGCAAAUGACCAUAUCUUGGAGAAAGCGGGCUCUUUUCUUGAUGAGUCAGCUGGAAUGAAGAAGAAGGAGGAUUUAAUUAUUGCCACAGCAACUCCGAAAGUUAAACAGAUAUCGACUGCCAGCUGGAACAAAAAGAGCACGGGAUCCCCCAGUAUAUCAGAGUACAAGCUGUUGACAGCCAGGAAUAUACAGAGACCACAGCUGAAGUUCCGUGACAAGAUCGACAAUGAAAAUAGGCCAUUUGUCCCCAGAAUUACAGAGAAACCUAAUGCUCUUCUGUCACUCCAAGAGAGUCUGAAGCUGCCUGAAGACAUUUCACCAGAAAUGAUAGAUGACCCAGAUUUCCUCUACCCACAUCCAUAUAAGUACGAACUGAGUGUAUUUAAACCAACCGAGAGGCAACUCCAGGCUACAGAACCAACUAAGCCCCCCUUGAUUGCUGACACACCAGUGACUGUUGUUACAACAGUGACAGAACUUCAAACAGUUCUAGACAAACUUAGAAAGGAGGAAAUUCUGGCUGUAGAUCUUGAACAUCACUCAUACAGAACUUUCCAAGGAAUCACUUGCUUGAUGCAAAUUUCUACUGUAACAGAGGAUUUCUUGAUUGACACCCUGUCUCUUAGAAAUGACUUAUCUCCCUUGAACGAGAUCUUCACAAACCCUGCAGUAGUCAAGGUCUUUCAUGGAGCAGACAGUGAUAUUGAUUGGUUACAGAGAGACCUUGGCCUAUAUGUAGUGAACAUGUUUGACACAGGGCAAGCAGCCCGAGUGCUGAACCAUUCUCGUUUCUCAUUGGCUUAUUUAAUGGAGUACUACUGUGAUGUCAUCGCUGACAAACAAUAUCAGCUGGCUGAUUGGAGAAUAAGACCCCUUCCUGCUGAACUGAUAAAGUAUGCCCGGGAGGACACCCACUAUUUGUUAUACAUAUAUCACAGAAUAAAACAGGAACUGAUAGCCCGAGGUAAUGACCAGAAAAAUCUCUUGAUGUCCGUUCUACAAAGGAGCAACGACAUCUGUGCCAAGGUAUAUAAGAAACCAGUGUUUAAGCAGGAUACGUACCUGGAGCUUUACAAGAAAAGUAAGAAGAUUUUUAAUUCCCGGCAGCUUCAGGCUCUACAGAAGUUGUACCAAUGGAGGGACAAACUGGCCAGGGUGGAGGAUGAAAGUACAGGGUAUGUCCUACCAAACCAUAUGCUUCUACAGAUCGCGGAGAUUUUGCCUCGGGAACAGCAGGGGAUCUUCGCCUGCUGUAAUCCCAUUCCUCCGUUAGUGCGGCAGUUUCUGCCCGAGCUCCACAAUUUCAUUCUGGAAGCCAGGGAGUCUCCUUUACUAAAGGUGUCCUUGCCACAAGGGAAGAAACCAAGUUCAUAUCAACAUCCCAAAUAUGACCCUGACCAUCUUCUGAACUGUCCUCAUGAUGUCAGCCACAUGUCUGUUAGUGUAAAGCUUCCAACUGUAGCAGAUGUUACCAUGGUGACCAAAUCUUCCAUGCUGUAUGGUACCAACAACUCAGGCUUGACCGUUCGGGUCAAAGCCAGUCCCUCUCUAACAGCAUUUGGUGACAAGAAGGAGAAAGGGGUGAUGACUAAGGGUCAGAGGAUCGCUGCAGCACUGGCCUCCUCCUUCCUCAGCCCAUUCACGAUGUUUCUGCCAGAUGAUGGUACUACGACUGCAGAAUCAGAGGCACAAAGCCUUGGAAGUUGGAAGCUGAAGAAAAAUACGGUCAAGAGAAAAGAGAGAUCUCCCAGUCCACCAAAAGGUCCACCACCAAAGAAAUUGAAACCAGACCCGACCCCAGAACAGACGGAAUUGUCAAUAAGGGAGAUGUCUGCCCAGAAGAAACAGCAGGAUCGACAGAAGGAGGAAAAUAUUAAUCUCAGAAUCAAUGAUGACAACAAACCCAAGAAAAAGAAAAAGAAGAAAGAUAAGAGAGAGAAAAGGGAGGACGCUGAGUUUGCGGCUUUUGAUUACAGCCAGGCUGACAAAAAUAUUUUCCUGGGUGGGGAGGGUAAGAAGAAAGCACAGAACAUAUUCAAUCCUUACGCUGCAUCAGGAAGCAAAGGAAACCAAAAGGUUGGCAGAUCCAAGCAGUCAUUUUCCAGAUCACAGAAGAGUCACAGUUACAAACAGGAAGGAAAAGGGAGAGGGAAAGGGAGAUACCACAGCCGGCCAACUCAGGAAUGAGGAAACACACGAAUCUCCUAAAGCUGUUUUAGGUGCAUUUGUGAGGGAAUGGGCAAAGAAAAAAAUCUGAUCGAGUGAUUGUUAAAGAUUUACAGAAAUGUAUAAACAUUUUAUUUUUUUUCUUCAUAGGAAGCAUAUAUGUAUAUACAUCUAAUAAAAAUGCGGAGGAGAAA